UUCGACAUUGUGCUGUGGAUCAUCCCGCUCCCUCCCCCGCCCUCGCUCAAAUUUGAGCUCCAGAUUGCCUCGCUCGAAUGAUUUUGAGAGAAGGAUGCGACAUUGCUGAAGAUUCGAAAUUGGGAUUCUUCUCCAGGACGCCGGUGCGAUUCCUUUCGAUAACAUUGGCUAUUCAGUGAUUGCAAUCUGGUGCGCCUGCAGCAUUAUUUGCAGACAUUCACCCUAUGGCAGCUUGUCACCUUCCUAUAGCUUCUACGAGGCAAGGCGACAGUGCAAUGUGGGUGGACCAUAGCGGGUUAGGGUGUAAUGGCAAGGUUUGCAGAUUUCAGAACAUUCUCACAGCAACUGGAGAGACGAGUUACGCUAAUCGAAUAGUUUCAUGCUCCUCUCACGUAGGUGGAAACCAAUAUUUACAGCGAACAAUAUUGUCGAAGAACGUUGAGGAUACUCAACUUCGAUGCCGGAGGAAUGCCACCAAAGUUUUUGCUCUUAAACCACCUCGAGAACCUGUGCCACUUGAGACAGGUCAGGAGCCGGACGUUGGUUCUUCAGACGAGAAAGCCACAAAGGAGGCUGAGGAGAAGAAAGUAAUUAAAGUUGAGAAGAAGGGAUUGCUUGGUCAGAUACAAAACUUUUUUGCAUGGAUUGGGGCGUGGCCAAACAUUCCUCAAAAGGAGGAGUUCGUUCAAAUCCCGAAAGAUUUCCAAGAUAUUUAUGUCAUUUGGGAUGGCUGGGGCACUUCACUUUGCUGGUGGGGUAAUUUUGUAGGUGGUUUACCGAAAGAAGACUUCGACUACGUAGUGGACUUGCUUUUCGAUCCUCGUAAGGGGCUUGGAAUGAACAUUGUGCGGUACAACAUCGGCGGUGGCGCAGACCUCACGAUCGAUACAAAUCUUCGACCAUUUGGAGACGUGCCUGGAUUCAAGGCUGGUCCGAAUGAGCCCUACGACUGGACGGCUGAUAAGAGGCAGAGAGCGGUCUUGUUUGCAGCCCGUGACAAGGGUGCAAAUAUAUUUGAAGCUUUCAACAAUUCUCCACCGCCUUGGAUGACUUUUAGUGGCUCCGUUACAGGAAAUUGGAAGAAUGGUCAGGACAAUCUCAACCCAAAAUAUUACGAAGCGUUUGCUGAUUAUCUGACGGAAGUUGUGCUCAAGUACAAGGAGUGGGGGAUACAGUUUGAUACCUUGGCACCAUUUAACGAGCCAUGUGAAGGGUGGUGGUAUAUUGACCGGAACAAACCUCAGCAGGAAGGCUGCAAUUUCUCAACCAAGUCAAUGGACAAGGUAAUCCCCAUAGUUAAGAAGUACUUGGUUAAAAAGAACUUACCGACUCGUUUGAGUGCGUUCGACGCGUGGACAUUCAACACGAUCAGAGCCAUGCGAGGAAUCAGUGAAGAAUCUAUGGAAGCCAUUGACCAGCUUAAUGUCCAUACCUACAUUUUUUUCGUCAACCGAGAAGAUGACGCCAAGCGCAGAGAGACAAACAGAAACAUCGCAGCGAAAGGCAAGAAGCUGUGGAUGUCGGAGUACGGGCCACUCAAUUGGAACGGCGACGAACACGAGGUUGCGUUGGGAGUGGCCAAGCACAUAACCCUGGACAUCAACGACCUCCACCCCUCGGCAUGGUGCUACUGGCAAGCUCUAGAAGGGCCUGGCUCUCUCUGGGGCCUCCUGCAGACGCCCCUUGUGUAUGGCGCCUCCCCUAUCUCCGUCGAUCUCAAGAAGCAGUUCUUUGUAAUGAUGCAUUUCAGUAGAUGGAUUCGCCAGGGGUUCAAAGUUUACCGAAAUGAGGGUCUCCGGGACUUUCUUGUAACUGCGGUUGAUCCUCUGGGUACCACUGUUAUUGUGGUAUUUACCAAUACUUCCGACACGAACAAGGACGUGGAAUACGACCUCUCAGUGCUGGCUCCCCGCCUGAAAGACUCCCCAAUUCAUGUUGCACCGUUCCGAACUUCCCGAACUGAGAACCAUGCCGCGCUCCCUGUCCUGAAUUAUGAGGAGCCUAUUCUGGAUAUUCGCUCAUUGGCAAAGUCGGUGACGACGCUCGUGAUUUCGCCUCUGCAAAAUGAUCAGAAAGACCUCUUUGAUUUAUCGUCUAGAUGAUGUACAUUCUUUGAUAGGAGACGAACGGUGGGUAUCAACCCAUUUUAAUGUCCUCAAUUUGUCGAUGAAUUUGGUGACCUCUUGCCUGUUGUAGAUAGGAACGUUGAAAGCUUCGCAGUUCGACACACCCAAUUGUUUUCUACUCAAAAAGAACUCCACAUUGGCAACAGUAAAAGCAUCAAUCUUACCAUCUA